AGGACUGAUUCUUCUGAAGAAUCUCGGUGAAUCCUCUCCCACAGGACCUAGCUCCAGACUUAUAUACCAUACAGACAUAACCACAUACGGCAUUCGGUGGUCCUUUCAUCAUGGGCACCCUUAAUGACCUGUCGAUCGAGACCGGCAAGUUUGGUGCAGCAGCCAUCUCGGACAAGACCAAUGCCUUCAACGAAAUGCUCAUGGAGAUCAUGGCGGGUGGUCCGAAGUGGUAUGAAGUCGGGGCGGAAAAAUAUCGCCAGAUGCGCGCGGCGGGCGAGACCCCCCUCCCAAAGGCCGUCUAUCUGGACUCGGCAGAAGAGUUCGCCGUCCCGUCGCGCGACGCCGGGCGCGACGUCCCAUGUCGAAUCUUUCGCCCGCAGAAUGGCAACCCCAUCCGUUCGGUCUUCCUCCACAUCCACGGUGGGGGGUGGGUUCUGCAGGACGAAAAGUCUCAGGACCCGAUGCUCCAGGACAUCGCCAACAGGACCGGCGUGCUCGUCCUGUCCGUCGGCUACCGCCUCGCGCCCGAGCACCCGUUCCCCGCAGGACCCGACGACUGCUACGACGUCGCCGAGUGGCUGGUCGACAACGCGACGUCAAAGUUCGGCGUGCCCAUGGGCUUCGUCGGCGGUGAAUCGGCGGGGGGCCACCUGAGUAUGCUGGUCGCGCUGCACCUGCUGCAACAUUCCGUGCCUCGAUACGCGGAUUUCCGAUUCAAAGGCCUCUUGCUGCAUUUCGGCUGUUACUCCCUGGUAUGGACGCCUCGGGUCUAUCACUUCCAAAAGCCUCGCGUCCUCGUGCUCGAUCGAGAUUUGAUGGAAGCGUUCCGCGAUGCCUUCCUCCCAGGCAUGUCUGACGCCGACAAAAUGCACCCUUCCGUCAGUCCCCUCUACGCCGACCUCGAGUCUCUACAGGGUAAACUUCCGGCGGCACUGUACACCUGUGGGACGGAAGACUGUCUACUGGAUGACACGAUGUUCAUGAGCAGCAAAUGGCUGAUGGCCGGCGGAGAAGCCCUUGUCAAGAUCAUCCCUGGCGCACCACAUGGGUAUAUCAUGUUUCCAAAGACCGCAGAGGGGAGUGGUGCAGAUGAAGGCCUAGAUGCUGUAGAGCAAUUUGUACUGUCCAAGCUCAACUGAGCAUCGAAUGCC